AACGCUUGAAAGUACCGGUGGACUUCUUUAGUUCUAUCCGUACCGACGAAGGGGACGGUGCAAAUUUCGUAUUUAUUCUUCUUUCAAGCAUCCAUACGCAAUUAUUGAAACUUUCAGAUAUUUUUCAUUUUCAAGUUCAUUACUAGUUUGCACUUACUGUUGGCACGUUAGACCCUUAAGAAACUAAGCAUGGCAACGAAAAUCAAUGAGCACGACUGCGUCACGAUGAAGCAGGACAGUCAAGCAAAUGACAAAGAAUGUUCUUCCGGAACGAAGGUCAAGUCCAAGCGCAAGUCCAAAUCCACCAGAAGACGCUUGAACGCUGCGAUGAGCAACGCAUCGUUCCACUUCUCUGACACGGAUUCCGAGGGCGAGCUGGCAAUUAUCACCACCAAGAUCAGUAAGCUUGGUUCCUCGCAAUCCUCGCAAGCCUCGCAAGCCUCGCAAGCGAAUCCGUUAAUCUCUGUGACUGACGCGGAAGUCACUGAGCCCACGGUGAAGGCCAAUGACAAUCUGGAUUACCUUAUAGCGGACGGUGAGGCCAGAUCCCGGUCACGGCGGAGCAGUUUCUUAGAGAACCUCACCGAUGUCGAUGAGAUCUACAGCGACGAGGCCGAUGAGAAAGACAAGACCAAUCGCAACUUAAAUGUGGUUGAUAACAACUAUCAAGGUGAAACAGAUUUGGAGGAUAUGGAGGGAGAUGACGACAUUCAACCGACGAUUUAUGUCGCACCAACGUCGGAUAUUCUGACCGAGUUCGGCGGCGAAAUGAUCACGACUAAGGAAGGUGACGGACCGUUCUCUGUGGAAGUGCGAAACCGACUUUCGCGGGAAGAGGUUUCUAUCGAUAAAGAGGACACUCAAAACGUGCCGGAUAUGCCGAACACCGAUAGCGAGGACAUGGAAGGAUCCGACGAUGAGACUAAGUUGGACGAAGCGGCCGCUUACAAUAACAUGUACGAAGACUUCGAUGUCCUGGCUGCAUCGCAGAUUUUCAUGACUAAUAAAAUGGGGAACACCUUGCACGUUCCGGAUGUUGAAGAUGCCAUCAGCGACUGUCACACCGAUGUCGAGGAUGUCGAUUAAAUCCAAUGGAAUUAACUAAAAUCAUGGAUUUAAUAAAUUAUUUAGAGCAUGCGAAAUAACACAGUCUUUGUAAUAAAAGCCAGGAAAAAUUCCCAUGAUAUCUUGCUCCCUUGAUAUCAUGAUUAUGCUUGCGGGAAUUUAACGUAUCGUUAACAAGCUAAGAGAACAAGAUAACAUUGUUAUGAAUAGAAAACAGGAGUGCGGAACCUUCGAUCGACUGUGAUCGGAUAAAAUCGCAGAAGUUAUUUAAUGGGAUUUGAUACUUACAACUCCGACAUAAGUUGCGUAACGUCUUAUAUGAAUGUAAGAAAUCUUGAUUCAAUUAGGAGUUAGGAUCUCUGAAAGACGAGUAGUAUUUUGGAUUCUCUUUGACAGUCUUGAACAAUAUCAGGCAUCUAUCAAAAUCUUCUAAAAUGAUCACAAGGGUGUAAUUACAUUAAUUACACAAAAUUCAUUAACAAAAUUGUGUCGAACAUUACAGUUCUUUACAUCCAAAAAUUUACCUUUUUUAUUGAUUAAUUUUUUUUUAUUUUCGUUUUUCUGUCCUUUCUCACAAAAGUUGCCCAAAAAAUAAUUUUCGCAUCUUUUGCAGUAAAUAUUUAAUUCAGAAAAUUAUGAAAAGAAAUAAAGUAUUUAAAAAUAAAGUGUGUAAAUAAAAUAUCUAUUUUCAUGGAUAAAUUUGAUAUUUUUAGAAUAAAUAUAUAUUGUGUGAGAUGACUUAUGUAUAUACGAACAUUAUUUUUGGGGCAAUGGGCACUGUAUGUAGUUUAUCACCGAUUCUUACGUUUUCCUUUUUGCACCGUGCCUAAAAGUUAAUCAAUUUUCAAUAGGGCAAACAUAAUAAUUUAAAGUAAAAUACACGAAAUAAUUUAUAAAAAGUAAAUUCAAAGAGGUUUGCUUAUGAUAAUUAUGAAAUAUUGAAUAUCGCGAACAUUAUAUAAAUCCAAUAAUAAUACGAUGCGCGUCGAAACGAUUAUCGACAAAUCAAUUUUUAUGUUUUCGUUAUAAAAUCGAUAAUAACGCAAUAUUUGUGUACUUGUUAUACUUGCAGACCGAACUGCCGUCCUCAACAUUAUCAUAGACAACCGUAUGGGAUAUUAAUGCAAAAGAGUAUGUCUCCGCAGUCUAAAGAAAUUUUCCGAUAAACAAAUACACAUACAUAUAUACAUAUAUAUAAUUAUAAUUAUAUAAUAUAAUAUGUAAAUACGUACAUAGAUAAUUAAUACAGCAAUACUCAGUGUUUUCUUUUCUUGGCAAAUAAUAUUGUUUUUAAGUCGUUGUAUGUGCAAGAACAAUAGAUAAAUUUAUUUCGUAUUUGCGAAUUAUAUUUUUAAUAAACAACGAUAAUGAUAAUAAUUAUUAUUAUAAUUAUAAAUUAAAUUAUACAUAUAAUAAUAAUAUAAUCAUAUAAGUCAUGCAUAUAAUAAAUUUAAAUAUAUUGAAAAUUUAUGGUAUAUUAAAAAUAGUUAUAGCGAUAUUACGUGCAUUUAAAAUUUGCUAAGUUAUAUUUUAUAAUAAAUUAAAGCUGUCGAAUAUAAAACAAAAUAAGUCCAUUCUUUUAUGUUAUAUGAAUCAUAAAUUUUCUCUUUCAAUUAAGAGAAAUUAUAAACAAAAAAAUUAUAUCUAUAUAAUACAAAUUAUAUUAUUUACAUAUAAUAAUUACAUUAUCUAUAUAUAUAUAUAUUAUGCAAAUAAUUAUCUUAGUAAAAUUAAGAUUAGAUUUAUACACAAAAAGACUUUAUCUCGAUAUCUGAAUUAAUGGACUGCUGUUUUACAUUUUGCGGCUUCAUCACAUCUUGGCUCUACAUCUUGUACCUGCCACGACUGUAGAAAAGAAAAGAAAAUGAAAGACAGAGAAAGAGGGAGAGAGAGAAAGAAUGAUUUGCGCUACGGAAGUUCUCGAUCGCCAGAUCUUGUUGUAAAUAAAAACAAAACAAUUGUAAAGAAAGAUAGACACAAUGUAUCGCAGUCAUUAUAACGACAUGCCUAAUAAAAAAUAAUGUGAGCA